CGCGUGCCGUGUGUUAGUGUUGUUGCUAGUCAGCGUGGGGCGGUGCAUGUUGUGUGUGUGUAGCAGGAAGAGGAAGCUGCCGCUGUAACGAGGAACUGAUGAGGCUGCCGAGCUGUGCUUACUCACCCGCCUGUCAGUCCUAGACGUGGCAGCAGACUCUGCGCGAUGGGCCUGCCUAUACAUUUUGUUGUCGACCCUCAGGGAUGGUGCUGCGUGGGAGUGAUCUUCUUCAUCUGGCUCUACAACACGUUGUUUGUUCCAAAGCUUAUUCUCUUCCCCCACUUUGAGGAAGGACACGUUUCCUCAAUUCACAUACUGACUUACUAUAUGGCUUCAUUGUUUUGCAUCGUUUCACUUCUAAGAGCGUCAACUGCAGACCCUGGCAAACUGCGAGAGAGUCCAAAGAUCCCUAUGACAGAGAAAGAGUUGUGGGAAUUAUGUAAUAAAUGCAAUAUGAUGCGACCAAAGCGUUCCCACCAUUGCAGCCGCUGCGGGCACUGCGUCAGGAGAAUGGAUCACCAUUGUCCGUGGAUAAACAACUGUGUUGGUGAAGACAACCACUGGCUCUUCCUCCAGCUCUGUUUCUACACACAGGUCCUCAGUGGUUACACUCUGCUUCUGGACUUCUGCCACUACUAUUACUUCUUACCACUGAACACUAUCAAUUGGGAUUUAUUUGUGUUCAGGCACGAGCUGGCUUUACUUAGGAUGUCCACCUUUAUGGGCCUCCUCAUGUUUGGAGGCAUGUGUAGCCUCUUCUACACUCAGAUCAUGGGUAUAUUAACGGACACAACAACUAUAGAAAAAAUGUCGAACUGCUGCGAAGAAACAUCUAGAGUUCGAAAACCAUGGCAGCAGACCUUCUCAGAAGUUUUUGGCACUCGCUGGAAGAUCCUGUGGUUCAUUCCUUUCAGGCAGAGGCGACCACUGAGAGUCUCCUACUACUUUGCCAAUCAAGUCUAAACAGAUGGAUGGUGGGCACAGAUGGGUCCGCCCCGCUGGAAGCGAGUUACAGGUUUUUAUCAUAACCGUGCUAUGACUGUCUUCAAGUCGGUUCUAAUCCACCCACCGAUCGCAGACAUCACAAAGUGCCCCAGGCUUUGUUUUAAUAGUGAUCUUAACGCGGUUGUGGGAACAAUACAUGAUAUGUAUUUCUGUGGUAAAGUUUGUUUCCUUUUUAUUUUUUAUUUUUUUUUUAAGUUGUCUUAUUUCCCCUUCAGGACAUAUGAACUCCCUCAGGCUAAAAAUCAAAAUCAUCUUUUUUAUUUUCUACUGUGAAAGUUUUAAAUCACCUUUUCUUUUUAAUUUCGGGAGGGGGUUUGUAUUUGUUUUUAAUUUGUCCUAAUAAUGCACUGAUUGUAUAUUUGUUUUUCAUAUCUACUAUGUUCGCUCACAUGCCAUUGUUAGUGAACCAAGUGGGAUUUAUUUUCCCUAUUCCCAUUUUAUUUUCCCCUGUACCUCCACCAAAUGUUUACUGUACAGGUUCUAUAUAUAAUUCAUUUUGAGGGAUAUAUUGUUUGACAUUGCUUUUAACUGAAACAAACAGUUUCUAUUAACAGUACAAAUUUGUGAGAGGUUAUUGUAUUUAUACUUGACUAUAUUUUGUUUC